CCGGCGGAGGAGGAAGACGAGCUGCGUUCACUGCCAGUCACUUCAUCCGGAUUCCGGACAUCUGCGUCCGCUGACGGCGGCUAGGGCGAUGUGAGUGGCGGGCUGCGACUAAACCAGACCUCCUGCUCCGACUAACGCCACCACCAAAACCGCUACCACCUCUCUCCGCCGUGAAGUUUGACGCUCGAGCCUCCGCCUCACCCAGCAUGUCGGUGCUCGCCCUCCAAGAGUACGAGUUCGAGAGGCAGUUUAACGAGGAGGAAGCCAUUCGGUGGAUGCAGGAGAACUGGAAGAAGUCCUUCCUUUUCUCUGCCCUCUACGCUGCCUGCAUCCUCGGCGGCCGCCAUGUCAUGAAGCAACGAGAGAAGUUUGAGCUGAGGAAGCCUCUGGUGCUCUGGUCCCUCACGCUCGCCGUUUUCAGUAUAUUUGGCGCCGUCCGCACUGGAAGCUACAUGACGUACAUCCUCAUGACCAAAGGGCUCAAACAGUCGGUUUGCGACCAGAGCUUUUACAACGGGCCCGUCAGCAAAUUCUGGGCCUACGCGUUUGUGCUAAGUAAAGCGCCAGAACUGGGCGACACGCUGUUCAUCGUGCUGAGAAAGCAGAAGCUGAUCUUCCUGCACUGGUACCACCACAUCACCGUACUGCUGUACUCCUGGUAUUCCUACAAGGACAUGGUGGCCGGCGGCGGCUGGUUCAUGACCAUGAACUACCUGGUGCACGCAGUCAUGUACUCUUACUAUGCCCUGCGGGCGGCCGGCUUCAGGGUGUCGCGCAACUACGCCAUGUUCAUCACUCUGACGCAGAUCACCCAGAUGCUGAUGGGCUGCGUGGUCAACUAUCUGGUGUACUCGUGGAUGCAGCAGGGCCACGAGUGCCCGUCGCACAUGCACAACAUCGUCUGGUCCUCGCUCAUGUACCUCAGCUACUUCGUGCUCUUUGUGCAGUUCUUCUGGGGGGCCUACGUGGGCAAGACCAAAACACCCUCUGUCGUGAAGAAGACUGAGUAGAAAAGGCAAAAAAAAACAAAAAACAAAAGGGAGAAAAAAAAUAAAUGAGACUGAUGGCGAGAUGAUAGGUGGACCACUGUGAUGAAGCCAUCGUAAACUGAAGUUAAAACUCAAAAGUCCCUCAUUAAGUAGUCUUAAAUCACAUGAUUGAAAAAUCUGCCACAAGCGUUGUUUACUUGACUUUUUAAACUACUACAUAUGAAGAAUUGCUUUUGUCUCGUCGGUGUGCGUGUGCUGUUUUAUGUUUUUAUCUGUCAAUACAAAUAAAAGUUGUUAAUUUUCACCUUUUUGUCUAGCAUUUGCCACAUUUUCUCAGGUCUUAGUUCAGCCAUUUGCCCAUUGAAAUAUGCAUGACGUCAGGACACAAAAACAGCUGUUCCAGUUCUUCCGAAAUGAGCUACGCUUCUCUUUAUGUAUAAGUAAUAUAAAACAGUGUAUUAGUGGUGGGCAAGCCUGCCUCACAGUUGUAAGGAUCGGUGUUUGAAUCUGGAAAAUGGAGGAUUAAAGAUUUUUGAUUGGUUUGUUGCUAAUAGACUUGUUUUACGAAAUGGGCAGGGAAACAUGCAAAUUGUUAAAUCUGUUGUAUUGACUAUUAAAAAAGUCUAGUGUA